GCUCAGAGAGGUGGAUGAUGAGAGCUGGUAGAAGAGGUAGGCUUGUCAAUUUUCGUGCUCGGGUAGUUUCUUCAGUGCGUGCGAUGUGGCACAGUUGUGGCUUUGCUGCAUGGUGGGGCUCCCGUGGCCAACGCCGGGGGCCGUACGUGCCUGCAGUGACGCUCGCGCGACGGACGCGGAGACGGAGCUUGAUGCUACGCGGGCGAGAGCGGGGGCGUCACGUGUGCGCUGUAAGUGACUGCCAUCGGGCACAAUGUUUCUCGGCGAAGACGUCGCCGGGGCGGCGCGGCCGGAGCGGCGAGCUGGUGCAGCAAUGGUCUCGGGCGCCCUGUUUUCCUACGGCCGUUGUGCGAGAUGCAGGAACAGAGGCGGAAGACGAAGGCGCCCGCGGGCGUCGGGGCGCCGUGAUGGGUGAUGAGCAGCGCCCCCCGGCGCCUACGUCGCUUCACAAUUAUUUCAAUUACAUCAAAAGGCAAAAGAUGCUAUACCGUAAGGCGGCCGGCUACUUGAUCGGCGC